AUGGCUUCUGUUGCACGUAAAAUUAUAAAAUCCUUUUCGCCAAAGAGUCAACCGGAAGGAGUAGGCGCAGUAGUACGCCGAUGUAUUGGUGGAUCGAGAAAUUAUUUGGAUCCAUUCUUAAUGUGCGAUUUCGCUACUGUUUCCCAACCAGAUGGAUUUCCGGACCAUCCGCAUCGAGGGUUCGAAACUGUUUCAUAUAUACUAGAAGGUGCAAUUGCGCAUGAAGAUUUUGCUGGGCAUAAGGGUGUUAUUAAAGCUGGUGACAUACAAUGGAUGACCGCAGGCAGAGGUAUAGUUCAUGCAGAGAUGCCAGCACCAUCAGCGUCAGCAUUACAACUCUGGGUGAAUUUACCGAGCACAGAAAAAAUGUGUAAACCGGCAUACCAAGAAUUACAAGAUGCCAACAUUCCACGUGCAACUCCCGAAGAAGGAAUCACGAUAAAGGUAAUCGCGGGAGAAAGCCAUGGAGUAAAAUCACCGGUAUUUACACGUACACAGACAAUGAUAAUGGAUUUCUCAUUGGCAGCGAACAAAAAAGUUGAGCAACCUGUGCCAAAAGGGUGGAAUGGUUUUGUGUAUGUGAUUGACGGAGAUGGAUUCUUUGGUGGUGAUAGAUUUUUGGGCAAGGCAAAUCACGCAUUGUUUUUGGAUGAAGAAAGACAAGGAGAGUAUUUCCCUGUAGAGACCGGAGAUGAGAGUGUAAGAUUUAUGCUGUUUGCUGGAAAGCCAUUGGAGGAACCCGUCGUACAUUAUGGUCCAUUUGUAAUGAACACUGAGCGAGAGAUACUUCAAACACUUUAUGAUUACGAACACUAUAAAAAUGGGUUUGAACUCGCAAAAAAUUUCCGGUCAUCGAUUGCUGAAAAGAUCUGA